CGUCUGACAGUGACAUUUGUUCGGCGUUUUGAAUCAUUGUUUUACAUUUUUUUUGUAAUUAUUAAUAAUUACUAUUCACCUUAAUGAAAAUAUAUAACACUGAACACAAUACAAAAAAUAAAAUUAAAUAUAGUACAUACAGAUUUAUACAAAAACAUGGCUUGUAAUACUUGCGCCAAAACAUUUUCUAUCUUUCGUCCUGAGAAAGGUUGUCCUAGCUGUGGAUUCAGUUACUGCUCGAAAUGUCUAAAGAAUAAGGUAUUCUUGAAAAAAUUCAACUCUGAAGUAAUGGUAUGCGCCAAAUGUAAGCAGUUAACUAACUCAAAUGAACCUAAUGAACCUAAGAAUGUGAUACCACCAGAUGCAUACUACAAAAGAAUGGGCAUUACAGAGAGUGCCACGGGUGAUAGAACAUCUGAAAAUGCAGUAGAAGAUGAAAUAUCUGACAGACUCAAGAAGUUGAAAGAGGGAAAACAGGAUAAUGUUGUAAAUACCAAUAGUAAUGAUGCCAUUGCUGAUAGAUUACAAAAACUAAAAGGAGAUAUACCUUCCACUUCAGAUGCAGAACUAAGAUCAAGAUUGGCUAACAUAAAAGGUGUGCCAGUAAGUGCUCUUGAAACCAAGCAAGUGACACCAACCAUAUUGCCUAAGAAAACUGAACAAGAGCAAAUAGAUGACCUUAUGAGGCAGUACAUGGAACAGGGAACUAUUGAUAAAAAAUAUGAAGAUGAGUUUGAUGGUCUGGUUAGUGAUAUAGAAGGUAGGCUGCAGAGACUUAAAGGUGCAAAAAGUUCUGACCAAGAUAAAGUUAAUUCUCAACAAGAAAAUAAUGAUAAUUCUGAAGAUGAAGAGGAAACUGUAAAGAAGAUUGUUGCAAAGGUCACAGCUGAAGCGAAAUUAGAAGGUAAUAUAGACUCAGAUCCUGUGUUGGAUGAAUUGCCAUUUUGUGAAAUAUGUAAUGAAGAUGCUAAAAUGCGAUGCCUUGGAUGCAAAUAUCUCUUUUGCAAAAAUUGUUUCAAGGAACACGCAGAUAGUGACGAUGGCUGUGAUAAAUAUGAACUAUAUUCGCCUCCAAAGAAUUUUGUUAUGUAAAUAUUAUCUAUUCUUUAUCUUAUAUAUGCAAAUUUAUUGUAUACUUUUUGUUGAAAAUAUAAAAAUAAAUUAUUAUACCUAAAUAUAAGGAAAAAAUGGAAAAUAAAAUUAUAUUAAAUUAUUGUUUAAUUUUAAA